AUACCAUUAUAACAGCAGUUAUCACGCCACCAAGCAGCUUAUAUAAGUGACUGUUGUUCGGGCAGUACUAAGUUUCUGAAAGAAAAAUCCAAAAUGAUCCGAAGCUAUACUUUUGUGAUACUCUGUGCCACGGCUAUACUCGGCAGCGGGUUUCAAGGCAACGAAGGUCGAAAAUUGUCGCCCCGUAGCAUCUCGGAGCCUACCGAUGCAGAGGCAAACAUCGCGGAGGUUCCAUGGCAAGCCAGCUUGUUGAGCGAUUGGGGAAAUAAUAGAGUAUCUUACACCUGUGGCGGAAGUAUAAUUUCAUCGCAUUGGGUGGCCACUGCGGCGAGCUGCGUUUGUCGAGGCAAAAAGGAACCAGAGUCAUGGCGCUUGGUUUCGACCGGUUCCAGUGAUUAUGAGAAAGGAUCGCGUCACAAAGUCGUCCAACUAAUUUGUCAUCCACUUUAUCAAAUACAAUCGGAGACUCAUUUAAUAGGCGUACACGAUAUCGCUCUUCUACGAGUCGAGGAACCCUUCGUAUUUGACAGGACUAGACAAGCGAUUCCACUUUACAAUGGGACUUUUGAAACCGCUGCCCAAUUGAAAGCAAAUACCAGUGGCUGGGGGGGGACCGUCACCCAGCGGCAUAACAAGAUGGACCACGAACUCAGAUUCGCAACAAUGGAAAUAAUUUCGAAAGCGGAACACGAUGCCUUGACAUCGAAAAUUUAUCCGAAGAACCCACCUACUGGCCAAAUUUGGGCCAAGCCGCUAUCGGGUACCGUCUGUUACAAAGACUCCGGUGCACCUCUUACCAUUAAUGGAGCUCUCGUCGGUAUCGCUUCUUGGCUAUCCAGUGACUACUGCUCCACCGAUAAUCCAGUACUUUAUACCGAGAUUGCAUCUCAUCGCUCCUGGAUUUUGGAAAACACGUUAACUUGAAUAUCAAUCAUUCGAGAAUUAGCCAAGCAAACAUAAAAAAAGUCCAUUCAUUCCGUUUGGUGUCUCAUGGUAUACCUAUUGAAUAUUCUCGCUCGGCUAUACUGCUACAAUAAAUUAAAAUUACCUAAA